AUGGGCUUCACAACUGGAUUCACCGGAGGUGUCACCUUGACAUUGGGAAUCGCAUACCUCACAGUCAUUGCUCAUGAGCGGAACCGACGUCUCCAGGGGCAAGAGCUCAGAUCUCAGGCUUUCGUCCUCGAGCGCCUGCUCAAUCCCGAACCUCUUCCACCACCACAAAGCCGCGACGAGCUCGCACGCGAAGAACGGACUACCAUAGUAGAAGCUGCGAAAGAUAGAUGGAAUGCCGAGGUUGAGAAUGCAGUACGCUGGGUGCAACGAACGGAUUUCAAUGAUGUGAGAGAGGGCAUGGAGGGAGCUGUGGCACGGCUGCUAGGAGGUGGACUACAGAAGUCAAGGGAGGGGAUCGAGGAAGGGGAGAGGCAAGCUGGGCCGAGGUUCCAGGAAGCUUUCGACGAGAGCAAAGCUGUUGCUAGAAAGGGGGCUGAUCAAGCUGCUGUUGGGAUUGACAGGGCUGCGACGAAGACGAUCCAGGCAACUGAGCGGGUGGGCACUGGGAUUGAGAAAGGUGCGAGCAAGAUUGCCGCAGCGACGAAGGAGAAGUGGGCACAGGCUGGGGAGAAAGCUGGGGGGAUCCGCGAUGCGGCCGCUGCGAAGGCUGACCGGGUGGCUGCGAAUGCUAGAACUGGUGCUCAAGAUGCGGCAGAUGCCAUCAAGCACAGUGGUGGUACUUUUGAUGCGGCUCGUGGGGCUGUUGGAGACGCUGUGACCAGGGGAAUCGAGAAGGGAAAAGAGGCCAUUGGCAAAGCUCAAGCGGCCGUUGGAUUAGCGGCUGAGAAGAUGGAGUCAAAGGGACAGUCUGCUAUGUUGAGCCAUUCUUCAGCCGUGGAGAAGGCUCUCAAUCAGAGAUACGAGCAGCCACGAUUCCACGAUAAGACCGUGGAAGAGACUCUAGCUGAGAGGUACAUCCCUAUGGAUCAGCAGGACCCCACUCAACUUCGUGGACUGUAA